GAAACAUUAAAAAAAAAUCAAAUAAAAUUCGAAAAAAUAGUUUUAAAAAAUUAAUAUUUUUCAAAAAUUUUGUGUACUUGGAAAACUUCGUAUUCGGCGUCUCGUGCCACAUUUCUUGUUAAAAAUUACUUUGUAAUUAAAUAUUACUGACUUGGUCGCAGAAACUGCGUGGACUCGCAAGAAUACUCUCUGAAUCAAGUGCUAAGUUUGAAAAAAAAAAAAUUAACGGGCGUAAAAACAGUUACAAACCACAUAUUUUGAAAGUUGAAGCAGUGAUUACACACAAGACAGUCAAAUAAAUAAUAUUACAAGAUGAAUCAAACAUGCAAAGUAUGUGGUGAACCAGCCGCUGGUUUCCACUUCGGAGCUUUCACAUGCGAGGGCUGCAAGUCCUUCUUCGGUCGCUCGUACAACAACCUCUCGUCCAUAAGCGAAUGCAAGAACAACGGCAAAUGCGUAAUUGAUAAGAAGAAUCGCACUACCUGCAAAGCGUGCCGCCUACGCAAAUGCUACACCGUUGGCAUGUCCAAGGGUGGUUCACGCUAUGGCCGCCGUUCCAACUGGUUCAAAAUCCACUGUCUGCUGCAGGAACAGCAACAGCAAGCCAUGGAUAUGGCGAACAAAGCCGCAGCCGCUGGCGGUAAUGUUGCCGGUGCACCCAACGCCGCUGGUUUCGGUGAUAUGGCCGCCGCAGCUGCUGCCGCUGCCGCCGCCAAGCAACACAUGCAAUCACUGAAUCCGCACAUGGCCAGCGCUGGCGGCUUGCUCGGCUAUCCCGGCUACCAGUUUCCUGAGAUGAUGGCACAGGCUGCACCUUUCAUGUCUGCUGCAGGCCGUCAUCCCGCUGCCGAUGCCACCUUCUUCAACAUGAUGAAUUCGCUGCCAGCCAUGGGCGCAGCACAGUCUGCCUUCCAGUUGCCGCCACAUUUGCUAUUCCCCGCCGCCGCUGCAGCGGCCGCUUAUCAUCCCAAUGCCGCCGCUGCUGCUGCAGCAGCCGCUGAUGCUGCCUACCGCACCGAAAUGUAUAAACAUCGUCAGUCUGUGGAUUCAGCAGCUUCUGGUGAUUCGGCGCAACGCUUUUCGCCACAAAUUGCUGCUGCCGCUGCGGCUGCCGCUGUAGAACAACAAAUGCGCGAACAACAGGAAGCGGCACGUCACUCUCCGGAACUAUGUGUUUCGGGUGGCGAUGAAGAUGACGAUGAUGAACUGGAUGUGCAUUCACCAUCACCUGCUAUUGCGCAACAGCAAAUUUACCAACAAAUGCAAGAACAACAACAGCAACACCAAAUUCACAGCCCGGUGGCGAUACAUGCUUCACCGCUCAGCAGCUCACCUCUGUGCGUGCCCGUGCCCACCUCCGCGCUCACACCCAACUCCGUACAUUCGCCCGCACAUCAACCCAGCUCACCAGCACCAACCGUCGCCGAGACUGCUGCGCUCUCGUUCGCCGCCAAAAUGCAAUCACUCUCACCCGUCUCCGUGUGCUCCAUUGGCGCAGAGAGCGUGAGCCCUCAGCAACAACACAGCGCCAUGGACGCGCAGGAUGGCCCCAUGGACCUUAGCAUGAAGCCAGUCAGUGCCGCAUCACGGCCGUCGACGCGACUCAGCGGCGAUUGUGACAUGAACUGCGAUCUGAGCGAGGAGGAGGCAGCAAUGUUGGAUGCACGUCGCAAGUACUUUCAUUACAACAGCGAUCACAGUGAGUCCGAUACUUCGUCGGAUGGCAGCAGCGCCGCCGCGCUCGCCAACAAGCGUCAGAAGAUGAUCGACGAGGGCUACAAUUCAGCGGGCUACGCAUCCUCGCAUGGUUCCACAGUGUCGACGUCGUCAGCGACCAGCAUGCACGGCAUCUUUGUAUGCGUUUAAGCUAUACACAUAUACGCGAUCCACACCUGCUUGGCGCCGGCGCUGCGCGGUGUUAGGAAAAUAAAAGUGUCGCUGUGGGCGGAGCUCAUUCACAAGCGCGCUUGUUUGUGGCCGACGCCAAUAAAGCUGUCAUUUGUUGCUGUCGUUGACGAAGUGGUUUUUGAUCAGCGUAACUGUUGUACGAAAUGCAAAUCAGCGGACACUGACGCAUACAUACACAUUGUUGCUUAUAGGCCGCUCUGUUCUCCAAAGCUUCGAGCGAGUUUGUACGCCUACACACGUGUUCAUGGAGAACGCGCUCACCUAACGGUCUUAGCUGCUUGCUGUAUUAGAUGGCGAUCUCACAUACACACACACUAUAUAUAUCUCUCUCACUCUCUUUGCGUAAGCGCGCUUAGUAAGCUGUUGCAUAUGCGUGGAAACGAGUUAGCAAUACAACGUCAGCAAUUGGUGUGGAAAGAUAAGAGCGCCCAACAUACAUACACACAUGGUUAUGUAUGUGUGAAUUCAGAUCCAAAAAUUCAAAUGUAAUUGAUUUCAAUCGCAAUUUAGUCGCAUUUAGUCGCUUUUAAUUUAAUUAAUGCAAAUUUUAAAUGAAGACCUUUCAGCUAGUUAUAUAAGCGUUUAGUUAAAUGUAAACAAAGCAAUAGCAAAAUGCUGCAAUUAUUGUACUUAAUAAUUUAAAUCAAUAUUUUUAAUCAAUUAUGUAAAUAAUUAGCUGUUAAGUUAAGCACUUCACUCGUUAGCUUACUGUUAAGCUAUUUAUUUUAUAUGCCUUUUUGCACAUACUGUAUUUAUCCGCACGUAGCACAGGAAUUGUAAAUAUUUAUAUUUUAGGUUAUUUUGUUCUUACAAGCUCAAGUUAUUGCAAUUAUACGAAACCAAAUUUCUUCAAAAUAUAUAAGUUUAUAGUCUUUAUUGAAUAUUAGUCCCACGGCCUACUAGUUACUUCUGUAUGUGUUUGCUUAAUGUUAAGUUAGAUCAAAGUAAAUUAUAUAAAAGAAAAAU